AUACCUUAUUUCAAACGCAAACGUGAGGAAUUUGAGGUUUGACAGUUGGAUACAAAUGCAACGGGAGUAAAUUUACAGGUAAACCAAUAAAACCAAAUUGCAUAUAAAUUCAAUGGGAAAGGUGCUGUGAGACCAAUGAAACGUAAUUUCUAUGCCUCUGCUAUAAAAAGUUUAAUUCUCAUGCUCAGCUGCCAAGUGAUUUCUGAACAUUUCGGAGUGCUAGAGUUGUGAAAUAUGGGGGAGGACAUUGAAGUAAUUAGAGAUAAGAAUAGCAUGAGAAAUUGGUCAAGAACCAGAAGAGCGCAAGGAGAAAAAAUAUGCCUGGUGCCCACAAUGGGGUAUCUUCACAGAGGUCACCUGGCGCUUGUAGAAGAGGCCAAAAAGAGAGCUCCAAGAGUGGUGGUUUCAAUUUACAUCAAUCGUGCUCAAUUUGCAGUUGGAGAGGAUCUUUCUACAUACCCGUCAAAUUUUGAGGGCGAUUUGAAUAAGCUGAAGGAUUUGGGUGUGCAUACUGUAUUCUUCCCCUCCGAUCUCUAUGUAAGAGAAGACAAUGCAGGAGCUGGACAUGGACAAGCUAACAUUGCAAGUAGGUAUAUUUCUUGUUUGGAGGGUAAGAGUGGAAAUGGGCAUGAGACAUGGAUUAGAGUUGAGAAGAUGGAGACACCACUUUGUGGAAAAUCUAGGCCUAUAUUCUUCAGGGGAGUUGCAACGGUUGUUGCCAAGCUGUUCAAUAUUGUGGAACCUGAUUUUGCUGUUUUUGGGAAGAAGGAUUAUCAACAAUGGCGCCUCAUUUGUCGCAUGGUUCGAGAUUUGGACUUCUCUGUGGAAAUUGUUGGCUGUGGAAUUGUGCGAGAUUGUGAUGGCCUUGCUUUGAGCUCUCGUAAUGUGCACCUAUCACCAAAGGAGCGACAAGAUGCAUUGUCUAUUUGUAGAUCUUUAAAUCGCGUUAAAGAUGCUGUAUGCGAUGGACAAAUUCAUACAGGAAUAUUGGAAUGUUCAGUUUUAGAGGCUGUCCGUAAUGCUGGGGCCAAAAUUGAUUAUGUAGAGAUAGUUGACCAAGAAACAUUGCGACAUGUGGACAGAAUCGAUCUCCCAGUUGUCCUCUGUGUUGCGGUAUGGUUUGGAGGAGUCAGGCUGAUUGAUAAUAUUGAAUUGCAACCUCCAACUUAUUGAAGCUAUUGAAAAUGGUUAGUUAAUGCUAAGAGUGGUUUUCCUACAAGAAAACUUUGGCAAAAGCUAGAGAAUUUCAUAACUGUUUUUCUUUUUCAUUUCACCAGAAUUCAAAUGUACAGCUCAUUUGUAAUGACUUGAGCAUGUAUAAUUAGAGAUUGAGAAGUUCGUUGCUUGUAAUCUAGAAGAGCUUUGGCAAAUGUUUUCAGCGAAAAUAAUUUUUCCAAGAUAAUUACCUCAUUUGGUUCUCUGCCCCUCAUUUUUCAUUCUUUACAUAACACGGUGGUAUUGGAAACAUAUCAUUGUAAUAAGAGGGUGACAUUACACUAAUUAAAAUAAUUCUUGUUGUAAUGA